AUGCCGCGGUCCCAGCAGACCUCACACAAGCGUCUGAGACUGGACUCUCGUCCCCGGGACACGCUGGAGUGCCACGCCCUCUCCACACCAGGAAGCGGAAGCACACGGCAGCAGUAUUACAGAGUUUUGGGGAAAAGUUUUGCAGAAGUUUGUGACAGUUCGGACUUGACGCAGCAGCGGACCGACAUGAGGAGCCCAGCUGACCCUGCCUACCCCCAAGCAGAACGCCGGCGCCGGCUGUGGGCUCAGAGUAAGGACUCCACGUGGCAUUCCAACUCCACAGCAGAGCCAGACCAGGACCUCCACAAAGACCACCACAAGGACCACCACCGGGGUCCAGGGCCAGGGCCAGGAGGUGGCCAGCAAAACGGGCGCGUCAACAAGAUAAGCAGCUGGCUGUCUGAAUGCAGGACGCCCAUAGGAGCCUCUCUGGACGACCACACUGGUUCCCCCAUCAGAGGUCUGAGAAACGGCUGCAGUUUUGAGGAUGACCUUUCUUUGGGAGCCGAAGCCAACCACCUGUUGUCCAGCCCCAGCCGGAGCGAGCCAGGCUUCGGUCUCGUGGCGGACAAGAAGAGGACGCAGUUUAAGGAGAGGGCACACAGCAUGAACUCCACCGGCUCCGGCAAGAGCAGCACUGUGUCCAGUGUGUCAGAACUGCUUGACCUGUACGAGGAGGACCCAGAGGAGAUCCUGUUGAACCUGGGCUUUGGGCGAGAGGAACCGGACCUGGCCUCCAAAGUGCCAACCCGCUUCUUUGACAGCUCGUCCUGCGCCCGCGGCAUCGACGUUAAGGUGUUUUUGGGAGCUCAGCUACAACGCCGGGAGCUGGAGAAUCCCAACUACGCCCUGACCAGUCGUUUCCGUCAGAUCGAAGUCCUGACAUCCGUUGCAAAUGAGUUCUUCCAGCUGUACAGCCAGGUGUCUGGUCAGCCCCUGCACCGCAUCAGUACCCCCUCCAAACAGACCGAGACAGAGGAUGAGCCAAAAGACGCUCCCACUGCAAAGAAGACCUCACCCCUUAAACUGCCCAAACUCCUGAAGAAAACCAUCAGCAAACACAACCUGCUGGCACUGGCCAACAAGAACUCCGAUGCACAAGCUAACACCGACACCAAUGCACACGCUAAUGUGGAGGACGGCACACGUGGGAAUACGGGGGCGGACUCUGAUGCUGGCACGCCUGCUGACUCCCAGCUCAGCCAUCCCAGCCCCCAGGCCAGGACGCAGCCCAGACCAGGGGGAGAGGCCAGAGUGAAGGUGGAUGCCUCGGUACUGUCUUCCGUGUCCGAGGAGAGCACCAGUGAAGGAGACAAGGAGAGCACGCACAGCACUGAACAGAUCUCAGAACCCACGUCCAAUCAGAGUGCAAAGGUGGAUCAGCAGGCCAAUCGCACACUUGAAGACGCAGAGCUAGCAGACAAUAGCGGGACAGGACCCUCGGAACACUCAGCCAAUCAGAGCGAUGGCCCCAAGGAGCGCACAGACGAUCUCGGCGCGGGAGACGCUCCGGUGAAGACCAAUUGCAAGCCAGAGGAAGAGCAGGUGGCCAAUGGGAGCGCAGGAGACAAGGAGACAGCAGGAAGUGAGUCGUGGGCUGUGAACCCUCAGCUGGCUCUGCUGCGCACAGAGAACGCAGACUCCUUUGACAUCGAGGAGAUCGGGGACGAUGUGCUUCCACAGCGCAGCUCGAGGAUCGCAGACCUGUCCCGCACCGUGAGCCAGCAGUCCGACAGCAGUGGCUUUGCGGAAGAGCCCUCCUCAGACUCCUGCAGCUUCUUAAAGAUCCAGGAAAGUAGCGACUCAUGCGACAGCGAGACCACCGUGACCUCCCAUCCAUCCCAGGACCUGGCCACGCCCGUCCCAGUCGACCAUCCGGCCUUUGAUCUGUUCACCGGGGGCGCCGUAGAGCAUGACCAGCCUGACGGAGAACCGGAGCUCAUCCCGCAGUACACGGCUCACCAUCUGCCCAAGAGCUGGCGCAGACACAGCCCCCAGUCCCCGCGGAGCCCCUCACCCACCGGAGACGAGGAGCCCCCGGGCAGCGCCGACGCACAGUCGCAGUCCACAAUGGAGCAGGAACCUGAAAUCCAACUCGAUGUAGAGCUCUCUGACGAUCCUCUGGGAGAGUCUUGGGACGAGGACCCGCCCCGUCCGCGACAGGCCGAGUCUCCAGAUUUUGUGUCUGACAGGUCCGAGUGCAGCCUCCCUCCUGCAACCCCAUCCCCUGCCCCCCCCUCUCCCGUCCUGGGCGCUCUCCACCGCGCCACGCUGCACAAGCGGCUCCCGGGCAGCUCCCGGGCGCGCUGCGUGCCCCUCCAGCGCUCAUCCUCCCUGCCUUCCACCGUAGUGUCUUCCGUGCGCAUACAGCUGGGCCGCGGCAGAAGACCCCCUCCUCCCCCUGACCAUGCCUCCCCCACCGCCCUCCCGCUCAAAGCCAUCCCACCGCACCUCACGCACCAGUCGCGCUCGCUCUCCUCUAGCCCUGCGCCCGACUGGCACCACAACCACUCCUGGAGCACGCAGAGCAUCCCAGAGAUUUACACCAACCCCCAACAUGUGCCGUACGGCCCUCCCCAGUAUGGGAACCCUCAUGGCAGCAUGCCCAACCUGCAUGCCCACCACAGCCCAUUUCUGCCUCACGGCUUCUCCCCCAGGCCAGAACAGCACCCUGCGUUCGGCUUCCCACACAGCGCUCCACACAGCGCUCCACACAGCGCUCCACACAGCGCUCCACAAAGCGUUCCUUACGCGGCCUCCAGCUGGUUGGGAGGAUCCUACUCCAGCCUGCACUCCUCGCCCCACACUUACUUCUCCCCUCCGACUCCCACCGCGUCCCAGUACAGCAGCCACUCCCAUUACCCUCACAUGCCACCGCCCUCUCCCUACCCUCCUGCGCCAGGGUUCCACCCGUCUCUCUUUGGGGGUCCCCAAUUUUCCCACGAGGCGGCUCCAGGACCUCAGCACAUGACCAGCUCAGAGAUGCAGCUCCGGCGGGUGCUCCAGGAAAUCAGAGGGACACUGUUUAGUCUGGGACAGGGCUCGUUGGGGACAGCGGACCUCCUGAGUGAGCGCCGAGCACCGCUGGCCUCUCCACAGACUCUGUCAGAGCUGCUGUUGAAGAGGCGCAGUCUCAACGCCUUCCGCAGUCAGAUGAUGGAGCUGGAGCUGUCCAUCCUGAGGGAGCAGGCCCCGGUCUACAGGCACCUGAGCCCCAGUGACAGGCUUGAGGUGGAACAGCUGCAGCGUCUGCGCUCAGCCGUCAGGGAGGAGCUGCAGGAGCUGGAGACGCAGCUGGAGGAGCGGCUGCUGGACCACAGCCCUCGUACUCACACGGGCAUGCAGCAGGCCUCCAGUGAAGACAACCUGUCCUCCGCGUCUGCCCUGAGAGCCAUGGCACCGGUGUCGGACCUCCUGAGAGAGCAGCGCUUCCUCCAAUCGGAGCUCAGUUACCAUAGCAACGGCGGCUCCUCCGCAUCCUCCCGCUCCCCUAGUCCAGUCAGGACGGCGGGGAGUCAGGGGGCGGGACAUUACAGCACGUCCAUCAGCAUCACGCCGGUCCCACCUACUCGUUCGCAGCCCCACCCCUCUGAGGAGCAGAGGGAGGAGUCACUUUGCACAGAGGACACGCCCCCAGCAGCUCACGUGUCACGAAGCCCACCCCCAGUGAACGACCUGCAGCACCUCAUCAGAGAGAUCCGUGAGAGUGUGGCCCAGGAAGUCCGGCGGGAAAUCUACAGCGAGCUGCUGGCCUCCAUCACUACCCCCAAACUGUAA